UAAACCCCCAUCCACUAAAGUCUUUAAGUGAACUUAAAACAAUCCUCACAUAAACCUGUAAUAGAUCAUAUUUACCCGUGGCGUUCCUGACAGGAAAUGUACAGAAUGGCUGAAGAAUGACGUUUCUUAAACUACAUUACCCAUGAUUCCUUGCUGGCGGCUCUGUCACACAGGAAAACGCAUGGAUUUACACGCAGAUCUGCUUCUAAUCACAUGUAUGUUGACAUAUAGCAUUAGAGCGCAUUUCCUCAGAUCAGCGAACGGACAUCACGACUCUGGACUGCGAUUCUUCCUCGUCGGGGUUUAUUCUCUGAUGGCGUGAUGCGCGUGAGCGGGAAAUAGGGCACGCAAACACUCGGAGGCAGACGCGUCGGUGUCGCGGAGAGACUCGCCCGGGAGCGAUGGUGGAUAACCGGCACGCCACAGCUCUGGUCCUCGCCGGGGUCCUGAGCGUCCUGGCGUCCGUGUACCUGUCGGUGUCGGUGGGCUCUCCGCACUGGUACCAGUACACGAGCCCGCCGGUGCGCGCGGAGCCCAACGCCUCGGAGCUGCGCGCGCUGCAGGACGAGUUCCUGGACGGAGAGUUCGACGAGAAGAGCGCGAGCGACGCGAUGUUCCGCAUGAACGGCACGCUCGGGCUCUGGUGGCGGUGCGUUCUGACGCCCACGGACGCGCACUGGUACCGAGAACCCGAUCCGAAGAUGGUGAUGGAGUGUGUGAGCUUCACUCUCUCUCAGCAGUUCAUGCCGAAAUACAAAGAGCCUGGAAACCACAACAGUGGAGAGGAUCUGAUACGAACCUAUCUGUGGAGGUGUCAGUUCUUCCUGCCGCUGGUGUCUCUGGGUCUGGUGGUUCUGGGUGGUUUGCUCGGGUUCUGUGCGUGUCUGUGUGGGAGUCUGACGCCGGCGCUCUUCAUCGGCCUCAUUCACCUCCUCGCAGGUGUGUGUUCUCUGGCCACCGUCUGCUGUUUCCUCGCCGGGACGGACCUGCUGCACCGCGUGUCGGUGUUGCCGGAUCGUGUGGACGGUUCUCUGGGCUGGUCUCUGUAUCUGGCGCUCGUGGCGUCUCCGCUGCACAUGAUGGCCGCCGGGCUGCUAAUGUGGGCGGCUCGCAGUCACAGCCAGAGCUACGACCGCAUGACCGUGUACAGAGUGGCAUGAAUCACGGAUGACAGAUCGGAUCAGUGAUGGAAGCUGCAGUGAACAUAACCCCGCCCCUAACCCUACCCAUCUCUGCCCCCUGAUCCAUAACCCCGCCCCCAACCCUACCCAUC